UUGUGUGAUCUAUAUAAGUGCAUUUUGAGGCUGGCGUUUGAUUCCCACUUUAUCCUCUCUUAUGUUCAGCACUAUCUACGGAUUCAGACCUUUCACUUUGAACCUACAAGGAAUUUGCCGCAAUUUGAGCUCUAAUACGGGCCGUUCUCUUCCUACUCCUCCCAAUAUCGGCAUUCUUGAAGGACCAACAGACUGGGCUGAAGCGCGAAAAUGGGCUACUCAGUUUAAGACUGAGAAUAUUCCAAAGACGUUGGUGGAACUGAGUUUUUCUCGAAGCUCAGGACCUGGUGGACAGAACGUGAAUAAAGUCAACACAAAAGCAACCGUGCGAUGUUCAGCUAAUGCCUACUGGAUCCCGCUGUGGGCUCGGGCUGCUCUGGUAAAAUCCCCUCAAUACGUAUCUUCAACCAAAUCCCUCCUCGUAACGUCGACCAUAUACCGCUCACAAUCGCAGAAUAUUGACGAUUGUCUGGCUAAGCUUCAUGCCUUAGUCCUAUCCGCUGCCUCAGCCUCGAUUAAGAACGAAACCUCAGAAGAAACCAAGAAACGCGUGGAAGGACACCAGAAGGCGCAGAAAGAACGUAAUAGGAAAGAAAAGGCCCAGAGGAGCGCGGUGAAGCAGCAUAGAUCGGGCAAGGCAAAAGGAGGGUGGGAUUGAACUAGGAUUAGACUGCGACUUGUUGUGAAAUCAAGAUGGAAGUCCUCGGCCCCAUCUCAACAUGGAAGGAUUUUGUGCUACGGGAGGGUAAAAGCUUCUGGAUUCAGUGCAGCUCUUGGCGACAGCAUAUUGACAUUGGGACACCAGAAUCAAUUACCUGACGCA